ACGAUGACGCAGUUCAUGACGAUGAGCGUGGCGACCACCAUGACGAAGAGCAGGUACCUGGGACACGCGCGGGCGUCACAGCGCCCGCAGACGGGGCGCCGCCCCCCCCCCGCCCCUCCCGCCUCACAAACGCCUCUGCCGGCCGCUGGGUGGCCCCUUGCCGCCCUCCCCGGCCGCCAUCGCCGCGGCCAUGAAGGGGACUCCCAGCAACCUGGACACCCUGCUGUGGGUCUACCACUUCCACAGCUCCACGGAGGUGGCCCUCCAGCCCCCGCUCCUGGUGUCCCUGGAGCUCGCCGUGGCCGCGGCCCACGAGUAUCUGGAGCAGAAGUUCAAUGAGCUGAAGGCCCAGGAGUCCCCGGACCCGGACGCCGCCCAGAAGGCCACCCUGGGGCUGGUGCUGAGGGAGGCUGCGACCAGCGUCGUGAGCCUCGGGGCCACCCUGCUGGAGGUCUCCGCCCUGUGGCUGCAGCAGGAGGUGCAGCGGCCGGACAGCAGCGACGCCCCGGGCGCCGGGGACCCCGGCAGGGCCCUGGCCCGCCUGGCCCUGGCCGCGCGGCAGGGGAUCCUGCGAGCGGGAGCCGCCGCUGGCGCCGGCGCCCGGUACCUGGCCCAGGGGGUGUGGCUGUGCCUGUGUGGACGCGGCCUGCAGGCGUCCACCUCGUCCCUGCAGGAAGCCCUGCGCCAGCUGGGCCUGGGGGUCCCCGGGGAGCCGGUGCGUUCAGGCCUCGGGGUGCGGCAAGGGUGGGGAGGUGGGGUGGGGAGGGGCUGAGCUGUCUACCCCCCCCCCCAGAGACGCUCCGGAGACCUCAAGGUGUCCAGCAGCAGCGAGGACGGGGCGCCAGGCAACCCCCCGGCGGCCCGGCCUCACCCCG